AAUGAAUUCGCAGUCAAAUGGGGUUUUAACUUUAGUCAGAAAAAAUCGAAAGUUUUGGUUAUUGGGAAGAAAACAGACAAGACAAAAGAAUGGUCAUUUGGAGACUUGAAACUGAGUGAAGUGCAUUCCUACAAAUAUUUAGGUUAUAUUUUCCACAAAAACCUUAGAGACAAUGACCACAUGAAUGAAACAGCCCUAAAAGCAAAAAAGCUUAAUGGCUAUAUCAAAUACACAUUAAAUAGACAUAUGAAUGUUAAACGAAUUGACUUUGGAAACCAACUUUAUAAAAGUAAACUCUUAUCCAGUGUCCUUCACUCAUGUGCUAUAUGGGCUUCGGACAAUAAAUCUUAUGAAACGCGCCUUAAGUCAAUGCAAUAUAAUGCAGGCCGCGCUAUAUUUGAUAUUAAAGGCACACCAGCAUACGAAGCCAUUGUGUCUGAUUUGGGUUGGACCCCCAUGAAAUAUACGGUUUUAAAAAGACAAGUUGAGUACUAUAUUUAUAUCAAAUCUAAAAAACCAACUUCACUUAAUGCAAGACUAUUAGCUAGCAUGGAGAAAAGGUUUGAAAUGGGCAAAGGGAACCACUGGAACUAUGUUAAACAUAUUGAUGCUACCCUCAAACUGAUGCAAUUAAGCGGUAUCUCUGAAACUGCCGAAAAUAUUUCGUACAGUUACCAUAAACAGAUACUAGAUCUCUCAAAAAAGUACAUAAAUGAUGGUAUUUUGGAAAAAAGUAGUCUCGACAAAUACCAUCAACUUAAUCUGAUCCCAAAAAAGGGAAGAGCAACAUACCUUUAUAAUGAUUAUGACUUCCAGUCGUCACGCAUAAAAUUUUUAGCACGCGCUGGUAAGUUUAAUCUAAACUCAGAGAAAUCCAAAUGGAAAAAUCUUAACCCACCCAUUUCACCCUACUGUGAAGAGUGCCCAGACAAAAUCGAAACCCUGGAGCACAGACUUUUUGAAUGCCCCUCUUAUGAAACUGCGAGAAACAAGUUUUAUUUGGAAAUGAAAAAUCAAGUCCCUAGUCCAGUUUUAGAAGUAUACCUUGAGUCAGAAACAAGCGAUAAAUUAAAAUGGAUAAUAGGCGAUGAGGCCAGGAUUUUAGGUGGACAUGAUAUUAGCGUCACGGUAGAUAGAUUAAAUAAAAUAUUACUGAAGAACAUCUUCUGAUUUUAUAUUUUUUAAUGCAUAAUGAAUGUUUUUAAAGUGAUUUUAGUUAAGUUUCUUUAAGCCAUGUAUACAAUGUUUUAACUUUUGAGUAUAGACGCACCCAUUGAGAGUGCCACUGUUACAAAUAGUGUAGUGUCUAAAUAAAUAAAUAAAAAAAAAAAAAAAAAUAG